AUGUACAAAGUCGGAAAUGUCACAGAGAACCUCAGCCGGGACUCGUCGGAUAUCCCAGCCUCUCUGAUAAAGACUCUACAAUCCCGUCACCAAAGCCUGCGAGACCCGCUCCUCCUCCAGCGCGACGACACGGCUUUCAACGACAUGAUCCGCCAACUAGCUUUCGAAGAGCUGGAGAGGCCCGCGAGCAGCGGAGACGAAUGCGAAAAGGUUGGCGACUUGGACAUGGUCAAGUCGCCGGGCGCAUAUGCCAUGGCAAGGGAUGAUUCGACCAUCGCCUCCCGCGACUCUACCUUCAUCUCCAAAAGGGCUAUUUUGAGCGCAAACAAACGAAUGCUAGGAGCCAGGAGGCGCUGCAUGAUUGCGUUCAAGCACGUAAUGGCCAGGUUGUGCAACGGGGGCUGA